GGCUACGGAGCUCUGCAGGCCUCGCCUUUACUGCUGACGGUGUCGGCGGUCAGUCAACUGCGCGGGGCUGCCUGCUGGGACGGGCCCUUGGCGCUGGCGGCCACGCCUGGCGCUGCGGCUGCCGCCGGAACCCCUGGCGCCGCCCUGGUGCCGGUGGCCGCGGCGCCGCCGCUGCCCGCGCCGCCUGCCGCGCCUAUGAGGGCCCCCGCAGUGCCCGACUCGCCGCCUCUCGCGCCUUUGCCGAAUGGCGAGCCGGCGGCGGGAUGGCACUGGAUCGCUGCAGAGGGUGUCGACGGGGCGAUCAUGUUCGGCGCGAAGGAUGCCGAGCUGCCCUGGUUCACGCAGGAGCACCGCGGCGGUGACGCCCGCACGCUGGAGAUCCCGCCCGGGGCUGGUCAGCCGGGCGGGAACGGCCGAGAGUGGCGUGAGGUGGUGGGGCUCUGCCGCGAGGAGGCCGCCCCUGGCUUCGGGGUCGCACCGCCCAGGACGGCGCAGUGGUGCGCGAGGCACCAGGCUAGAGAAGGCAUCCCGAUCCUCCAUCAUGAGAUGUGGAUGUCGAAGCGCAAGCUGAACUCGUCCGACUGUGGAGUCGACAUCCACGAGACCAUCUCGAAGAUGCUCGACUUGUUCGGCUCCAGCGACCACCUGGACAUCUUCAACCGCUCGAGCGCGGAGAUCGGCUACAGGAAGCUCCAGUUGAUCAAGCACUACUGCGACGACAGGAGCAGGGCCGAGGGCGGGGGCGACGAUCACCUGCAGCGCGUGCUCCUGCCCCUGCCAGUCCCCGACUGGCACUACGCGGCUGCAGCUGGCGAGGGCGGCGGCGGCCGCACGGCGCGGCGCCGUCGCGCCAACAGGGCGCCGCACGGCGAGCUCGUCUCCGAGCUCGCGACGGCGCUCAACCAGCUGGACGCGGGCUGCGACGCUCCGCCGCGCUGCGCGGGAGCGGAGCCCAACCUGAGGCAGCAGCUGCGUUUGGAGCUCCUCGCCGAGAGCUGCGCGGCGAUGGGCCCCCCUCCUCCAGACCCGUCGAUCGAGGUGGCCCUUCGGGAGCUCCAGGUCGGCGCGGGCCACUCUGACGGCGAGCCCGUCACGGCGGCCCCCUUCGCGCGCGAUCUCGCGCCCUUGCCGGCGGUGGGCGGUGCGCCAGUGCCCCUGAGUCAGCCGCUGGGUCGCGACGGCCCUGAUAUCGCGCGGAGGUUUACUACUUCGAAAGUUCUGCCAAUUCAGACCGCCGAGAUAUUGAAGAGGGAAGCCGGCUUCGCGAGGUCCUACCUGGAUCCUGCGCCGCGGCAGCCCGCGGCGCACUUGGCAUUCGUGGAGAGGAUGAGGGACGGGGGCGCGCUGGAGUUCAGGGUGGGCGAGGGCGAUUUUGAGGAGGUCGGUCUCUUUACCGUCUGGAAGAAAGAUGGACGCCAGCGCUUGGUCAACGACUGCAGAGGCAGUAACUUCAGGUUCGACGAGCCCGAGAAGACCUGUCUGGCGCCUGGCGGCAGUUUCAGUUCCAUCGAGCUGGCGCCAGGAGAGGUGCUCUGGACGGCAGGCGUGGACAUCGCGGACGCCUUCUACAACAUGGGCCCGCCGUCAGAGCGCAGGCACCCGUUCGCUCUGCCGAGGCCCCCGGCGCCCCAGCUGGGCGUGAAGGAGCCGG